UGUUUCUGGAGGUAAAUACAGUAAGUCACUUUACCACCUUUUGUCAUUAUCAACAGCCAUCAAGCUGCGCGCGGGUUGACAGGCUGGCGUUUAUUAAGCUUCCCUAACGUCAACCGGGCAGACGUAAGGACGUCAAGCUUCACUAGUUCAGAGUUUGAGUAAUGAGAGACAAACACGUCCUCCCUUCAUGCUUACUUUCGACAAAAAAGAAGUUAUGGAUAUUUGCGACGGGAAGAAGAGGAGACAGGUAAGCGGCGGCGUGCGCGGCCGCAGGCGGAGCGUGGCCGUGAAAAUGAAGCGCGACGUGGGCAAGGUCCUCCGCUCCCUGACGGUGGGGGACAACAACCACCACGCGGAGCCCAUGGAGGAGGACAUGGAGGAGGACGAGGACAACAGCUGCUUCUCCAUUAGCUUCCUGCGGAAUGGCCGACUGGAGCCCGCCGAGGCGCUCGCUCCGCGGUACAGCCUGCUGCGGGAGGUCGGGCGCGGGAGCUACGGGGUCGUGUACGAGGCCGUAGCGCGGAAGACGGGGGCCAGGGUGGCGGUGAAGAGGCUCCAGUGUGACGCGCCGGAGAACGUGGAGCUCGCCCUGGCCGAAUUCUGGGCCCUGACGAGCCUGGAGAACCGGCACCAGAACGUGGUCCAGCUGGAGGAGUGCGUCCUGCAGAGGAACGGCCUGGCCCAGAAGAUGAGCCACGGGAACAAGAGGUCCAAGCAGUACCUGCGCCUGGUGGAGACGUCACUAAAAGGGGAGCGCAUCCUGGGCCACCCGGAGGAGCCCUGUUACCUCUGGUUCGUCAUGGAGUUUUGCGAGGGCGGGGACCUCAACCAGUACAUCCUGUCCCGCCGGCCCGACCCCCAGACCAACAGGAGCUUCAUGCGCCAGCUGACGAGCGCCGUGGCGUUCCUGCACAAGAACAACAUCGUUCACCGGGACCUGAAGCCCGACAACAUUCUCAUCUCGCAGAAAUCGGGUUCACCCGUUCUCAAGGUGGCCGACUUCGGCCUCAGCAAGGUUUGCGCCGGCCUCCACUCCAAGAACAGCGACGAGCACCCUGCGACGGGCGGCCGAGGCAGCAACCAGAACAACAUCUUCAACAUCAACAAGUUCUGGCUGUCGUCGGCCUGCGGCUCCGACUUCUACAUGGCCCCCGAGGUGUGGGAGGGCCACUACACGGCCAAGGCGGACAUCUUCGCCCUGGGCAUCAUCAUCUGGGCGAUGAUCGAGCGGAUCACUUUCAUCGAUGCCGAGUCCAAGCGCGAGCUGCUCGGCACCUACAUACGGCAAGGUACGGAGAUCGUACCGGUCGGGGAGGCCCUCUUGGAGAACCCCAAGAUGGUUCUCCACAUCCCUCAGAAGGCCAGGAGCUCCAUGUCCGAGGGGGUGAAGAAGCUCCUGCAGGACAUGCUGGCGGUCAACCCUCAGGACCGGCCGGACGCCUUCCAGCUGGAGGUGCGCAUGGACCAAGUCACGUGUGCCGCGUGACAGCCCCUCAACUUCCUGACACCUCUCCUUUUUUAAACCUAACUAGUCAAAGAAGGGACCACUCUCCUUCCCAGCUUUGUUUACUUCAUGGACGUGGACUACGAUGGACUACGAUGGACUACGAUGGACAGAAAGGAGCUCUGGCGAACUGAACUGUGAAGGAUCCACGAGUCGUGAUUUGAGCGAGGAAGCGAUGAACUGGCUAAUGAUUCCAAAAACUCUGGGACCGGACCAGUAUGCAAACAAACCAGACCCCAACAGUGGUCUGGUUUGACAUCUGUUGAUUUUUAGUUCCCAACAGCCUCAGCGAAGGCCCGCUCUUCCUUAACAUCUGUAAUAAGAACUGGGUAUCGCCACAGAUUUCCUAAAUCGAUUCCCAUUCACAAUGUCCCAUUUUGAUUUGAGAGUCCAUAGCGAGUCGAUUUGGGGAUGUUUCUGUUACAAUGAAAGCUUCGCUUGGAUAUGAAAGCCAAUCUCAGAGAACAAAUGUUGUAAUUUGUACAAGGGACCCUUUAACCUGCUGCAGUAUUAAACACAUGCAUGCUGUCGUUAGGAAUUGACCCCAAAGCAGUCACAUAGAGACAUAAGUGCUGUCUCAAUGCAGAGGGUGGGAUGCAGAGACAGAGACCUAAAGCCACAUCUUGUGAAAACGGCCAUGCCAGUUUUUCCCCCAAAAUGUUGGCAAACUUCGGAUCGUUAUUGAGCACGAGAACAAUUCCCUUCGAUCUCCUAGUUUCAUUUCAGUCUGGCUUUGAAGCGAAGCCUCUUAAAAGGUCAAUCUCAGGAUUUUAUCAAUCGAUAUCGGAUCAUUCAAACGAAGAUCGAUUUGAAUCAUAAAAAUGAUUUCUUUUUUUAAACCCGGCCCUGUUUGUAAUGACGUGUCCGUGGCACAGGUAACGUACUGGACUGAACCAGUAUCUUAAGGUCAAAGCAUCAUUUAGUGGUGUAGUGAGUUACUAUGAGCAACAGUUUGUCUGACAUGUUCAACCCCGUGCCUUAACGAUGAUUCACAUUAAGUGCGAUUGCAUCAUGAGAUGAAAACCAUGUGUGGGUUACAGUAGAAACCACUUUGGUCUCGUGCAGGUUUCUUUAAAUUGACCAAAGGAAUAUUUUGCUUUCAAUGAUAUGAAAUGUCACAAUUUGUUAACAAUUUCCCGAUAAUAAUGCCAAGUGAGGAUGGGAUCAUCCGGUGGCUCUGCUCUACUCAAAAGCUCAAGUGUAGUCACGAUGCUGAAGCUGAAAUAUACAAAACCUAAAUGAUAUCGGCAUCAAGGAUUUUCUAGGAGUGUGACAUGUUCACGCUCAUGUCUAGGUCUACGAGGCUAUUUCACACGUCUGUGUCACACUCCAGAGACACAACCGCUGUGAAUGUGGACAGUUUUCACGUUGUUUUGAAGGCGUUUUACAGAUUUCUCCUUUUUAGAUGUACGCAGGCCUGUGUCAACGCCAUACAACACUGUGCUAUUGCAGCCAAACAGUUCAGAUCUGCUUUGAUGUGGGCAUUUGUUCCUGUUCACUCCAAAGAGCAGCUGUUGGAAAAACUGCGUUUAUCAUCACUGCAAAGCUCAGCAUGAACCCAGUUUGUAAGUUAACGUAUGACCAGGAACCAAUCAUGAUCAUUUUAGUGGAAUUUGAAACUGAUUCCUGAUUCUUGCGUUCCGCACACGGUCGCCUUCACACAGAUUGAGGUCGGAGCAACUCAAAGAACGGACUUCCUCUCUCCUGUAGCCAAUCAUUCUGUGCAAUUUUUGUUGUUUUAAAGAUCAUUUUUUAUUUUUUUUCUUCCCUUUAUUAGACAGACAGUGGAUAGACAUGUGAAAGGGGGAUAGAGAGAGAAAGAUGUGGGAUGCCACGCAGCAAAGGGCCGCGGGCUGGAUUCGAACCCGGGUCGCUGCAGGACUCAGCCAUCACGGGGUGAGCGCUCUUACUCAGUGAGCUAUAGGCCGCCGCCACCCCCCCUGUUGUUAUAAAAUGUUGGAGUUGCGCAGCGAUCAGACGCCGUUCUCACCGCGCUGAACGCAAGAAACAUGAAUCUGCUCACGGGCGGUUUUGUACUGAAUGUUUUCUACAUUGAGGUUGAGUGUGGCAUGUUCGGAGCGGAAUACUAAUUUCACCACAGAUUAAUAUAUCAGGUCGAUGGGUAACUUUCAAUCAUUAAGAGACACUGGUCGCUUGAGCAGUUUUGAGACAUCUGUGGCUGAACCUUUGUCUGAUUUGGAGACUCUCACCGAAAAUUUGAAGAUUUCCCAUCUGGAGAUAAUCCCCGAAAGCAACAUCCUGACUGGACGAUCCUUUUCUUCCUUCCUCUCGUGAGAGCAUGUUUUUAAAACUCUGCAGUGUCUUCUAUCUGGGUUGAAAAUCAUGGCUUCGCUGUGCCGUGAUUCACGCGUCUUGAAUGUUAAGCAAAACAAUAUUUAGCCACAUGACCCAGGCUAGAUUUACACUACUACACCACCUUUUGGUUUUUAAGUGAGAGUUGUAGCUCCAGUAGUAGUUUGAACCCUUGUAUUGUCUUUAUUUUUGGGACUCUUUUGUAUCCUUCGGGUCAAAUUUACCCGUUAAACAAAUAUUGUCUUUAUCUCAAUUUCAAACAAUUGGGAUAACAUAUAUGUUCAGGGAAUGCAUCAGUCUCUACUAGCACACUAUUAAACAUGGAAGUGGGGUUUGAUUUUUGUCAUAAGGUUAUAAUUCAUGUUAAAAAUCCGCUAUGGAAACAAUAUAAGUGGUCAUAUCCAGAAUAAUGUUCUGAAUUGAGUCAGGAAUACAUGUUUAUCACAGGAAAUAAGGAAAGGACGUUGAUUUUCAGGUAGAAAAAAAGUAACUUGGACCAUAUUUCUUCUUGUAAAAAUUUGAAAUGGGUCAAUUUGACCAAACAAGGGUUAAACUAGAACGCAUAUCUCACGACCAUUCAUGGUUACUGGGCACAAACCGGAAGCAGCUUGCAUACUCCGCCCGGGUGGCAGUAGAUGCUACAGGGACCGCGGAGAUAGACGAGAGUUUUCUCUUUCUUGAUCUUGUUUGGAUCGGCUACGAGGUUGAACUGUUACUGACAGGAACACGUGGCUACAA